GGGCGGGGCGCGGCGGCUUCGCGGCGCCUAGGCUCGGGCGGCCGGCCGGGGCGCACUCAUUCACGCGGAGCCGGGGCCGGGAGCGCAGGCGGCGGCAGGAUGAACAGUAUCAAGAACGUGCCGGCGCGGGUGCUGAGCCGCAGGCCCGGCCACAGCCUGGAGGCCGAGCGGGAGCAGUUCGACAAGACCCAGGCCAUCAGCAUCAGUAAGGCCAUCAACACCCAGGAGGCCCCCGUGAAGGAGAAGCAUGCCCGGCGCAUCAUUCUGGGCACUCACCAUGAAAAGGGGGCCUUCACCUUCUGGUCCUAUGCCAUCGGCCUGCCGCUUCCCAGCAGCUCCAUCCUCAGCUGGAAAUUCUGCCAUGUCCUCCACAAGGUCCUUCGAGAUGGGCACCCCAACGUCCUGCAUGACUGCCAGCGGUACCGGAGCAACAUCCGGGAGAUUGGGGAGCUUUGGGGCCAUUUGCACGAUCGGUACGGACAGCUGGUCAAUGUUUACACCAAACUCCUGCUGACCAAGAUCUCCUUCCACCUCAAGCACCCCCAGUUUCCUGCGGGCCUCGAGGUGGCAGACGAGGUGUUGGAGAAGGCAGCUGGGACUGACAUCAACGACAUCUUCCAGCUCACCGUGGAGAUGUUCGAUUACAUGGACUGUGAGCUGAAACUGUCUGAAUCAGUCUUUCGGCAGCUCAACACAGCCAUUGCCGUGUCCCAGAUGUCUUCAGGCCAGUGCCGCCUGGCCCCCCUCAUCCAGGUCAUCCAGGACUGCAGCCACCUCUACCACUACACGGUCAAGCUCAUGUUCAGGCUGCACUCUUGUCUCCCAGCAGACACCCUGCAAGGCCACAGGGACCGGUUCCACGAGCAGUUUCACAGCCUCAGGAACUUCUUCCGCAGAGCGUCCGACAUGCUCUACUUCAAGCGCCUCAUCCAGAUCCCCCGACUGCCCGAGGGACCCCCCAACUUCCUGCGGGCCUCGGCGCUGGCUGAGCACAUCAAGCCAGUGGUGGUGAUCCCCGAGGAGGCUCCCGAGGACGAGGAGCCCGAGAACCUCAUUGAGAUCAGCACGGGCCCCCCCGCCGGGGAGCCAGCGGUGGUGGCUGACCUUUUUGACCAGACGUUUGGACCCCCCAAUGGCUCCAUGAAGGAUGACAGGGACCUCCAGAUCGAGACCUUGAAGAGAGAGGUGGAGACACUCCGGGCCGAGCUGGAGAAGAUCAGGCUGGAGGCCCAGCGGUACAUCUCCCAGCUGAAGGGCCAGGUGAACACGUUGGAGGCUGAGCUGGAGGAGCAGCGGAAGCAGAAGCAGAAGGCGCUGGUGGACAACGAGCAGCUCCGCCACGAGCUGGCCCAGCUGCGGGCGGCCCAGCUGGAGGGCGAGCGGAACCAGGGCCUGCGCGAGGAGGCCGAGAAGAAGGCCAGCCUCACGGAGGCGCGCUACACCAAGCUGAAGGAGCAGCACAGCAAGCUCAUCGCCACACACGCCGAGCUGCUCAGGAAGAAUGCAGACACGGCCAAGCAGCUGACGGCCAAGCAGCAGAACCAGGAGGAGGUGGCGCGAGUGAAGGAGCAGCUGGUGUUCCAGAUGGAGCAGGUGAAGCGGGAGUCAGAGAUGAAGCUGGAGGAGCAGAGUGACCAGUUAGAGAAGCUCAGGAGGGAGCUGGAGGCCAAGUCCGGGGAGCUGGUGCGCGUGCAGCAGGACCUGAGCCGCACGGAGCAGAGCGGGUCGGAGCUGAGUUCACGGCUGGAUGUGCUGAGUGCAGAGAAGGAGGCACUGAGCAGUGCUGUGCGGCAGCAGGAGGCCGACCUGCAGGCCGCCCAGAACCUGGUGCAGGAGAAGGAGGCAGCGCUCAGCCAGGAGCAGCAGCGCCAUUCCCAAGAGAGGGCCGAGCUGCAGGGGCGGCUGGCAGACAAGGAGUCUCGGGAGCAGGGGCUGCAGCAGAGGCUCCUGGACGAGCAGUUCGAGGUGCUGCGGCGCUCUGCCGCCGAGGCCGAGCGCAUCCUGCAGGACGCCGUGGGCAAGCUGGACGACCCCCUGCACCUGCGCUGCACCAGCUCCCCGGACUACCUAGUGAGCAGGGCCCAGGUGGCCCUGGACGCCGUGAGCGCCCUGGAGACGGGCCACGCACAGUACCUGACCUCCAGAUCAGAUGCUUCUGCCCUGGUGGCGGCCCUGACGCAGUUCUCCCACCUGGCUGCGGACACCAUUGUCAACGGCAGUGCCACCUCUCACCUGGCCCCCACCGACCCUGCCGACCGCCUGAUCGACGCCUGCCGGGACUGUGGGGCCCGGGCGCUGGAGCUCGUGGGGCAGCUGCAGGAUCAGCAGGCUGUGCAGCAGGCCCAGCCCGACCGGGUGCGGAGCCCCCUGCAGGCCAUCCUCCAGCUGGGCCAGGACCUGAAGCCCAAGAGCCUGGACGUGCGUCAGGAGGAGCUGGGGGCCCUGGUGGACAAGGAGAUGGCGGCCACGUCCUCGGCCAUCGAGGAGGCCGUGCGGAGGAUCGAGGACAUGAUGAACCAGGCCCGCCAUGCCAGCUCAGGGGUGAAACUGGAGGUGAAUGAGAGGAUCCUCAAGUCCUGCACAGACCUCAUGAAGGCCAUCCGGCUCCUGGUGACCACAUCCACCAGCCUGCAGAAGGAGAUUGUGGAGAGCGGCAGGGGGGCAGCCACGCAGCAGGAAUUUUACGCCAAGAACUCAAGGUGGACUGAAGGCCUCAUCUCCGCCUCCAAGGCCGUCGGCUGGGGAGCCACGCAGCUGGUGGAGUCGGCCGACAAGGUGGUGCUUCAUACGGGCAAGUACGAAGAGCUCAUCGUCUGCUCCCAUGAGAUUGCGGCCAGCACGGCCCAGCUGGUGGCAGCCUCCAAGGUGAAGGCCAACAAGGACAGCCGCCACCUGAGCCGCCUGCAGGAGUGCUCCCGCACCGUCAACGUGAUGGCCGCCAACGUGGUGGCCUCCACUAAGUCGGGCCAAGAGCAGAUCGAAGAGAGAGACACCAUGGACUUCUCUGGCAUGUCCCUCAUCAAGCUGAAGAAGCAGGAGAUGGAGACCCAGGUAGGUGCUUGGGCAGCCUCUAGGCCUGUCCCUCCCCUGGGGCCGAGCUCCCAGAGGGCUCUGCUGAGCAGUGCUCGCCGGCAGGUGCGGGUCCUGGAGCUGGAGAAGACGCUGGAGGCGGAGCGUGUGCGGCUGGGAGAGCUUCGGAAGCAGCACUACGCACUGGCUGUGGGGGUGGGGACGCCUGCAGAGGAGGAGCCCGGCCUGCCCAGCGCUGCCCCCCACAGCGGGACCUCCAGGAAGCCACCCCUGGCCCAGAAGCCCAGUGUGGCCCCCAGGCAGGACCACCAGCUGGACAAAAAGGAUGGCGUCUGCCCUGCUCAACUCAUGAACUCCUAGGCUCUGAGGGGUCCAGCGGGAGCCUGGCAGGCGGCCUGGGCCUCACGUGGCUACCGUGACUCGGCUAAGGAGGCAUUGAGGGGCGCUGCGCGCACACCAGGUGGCCGGGCCUGCCCACGGCCUGGAUCAGUGUCCGCGAGGCCCAGCCCUUGCUGAGCCCCUGGAUCUGGGCCGAGCGGGGCUGACAGGGCAGUUCUCCUGGAUGUGAGUUAUCUACCUGCCACGGGACCGAGAGCAUCCAGGCUCACCAGGCUGGAGCCACGGUUCAGGAAAUACACAGACAUUUGUAUGUUCCCAGCUAGAGCUUUUCCUUGUGAGUUUGUAUUCGGCGCGCUGGGAGCAGGGCCAUGGGGGUGGGGUGGGCAGGGCCCCCCCUGCCUUUUGGACUCGAGGUCUGAGGUGAGAGGUGAGCAGAACACAGUGCUGGCUGUCGGGACUGCGUGCGUCUCCCUGGGUUUUGGUCUCUGGGACACUGAUUCCACGGAGAUGGGACUUAGGCAAAGCAGGUCUGGGACAGCGCCCUUUCUCCUCGGGCCUCGCUCUCCGGCACCAGUGAUGGGGGUGCUGAGGAGGACGUGGUCUGCGGGGAGAGGCGGGCCGGGUUCUGGCGUGGGCCAGGCAGGGCUGACAGCCCCAUGCCUGCUGGGCACAGGUGCUGCCCUCGCUCCUGGAGGCUGUUCCCGCUGAAAUCCGGUGGCCGCCCGCUUCCUGUUUUUCAUUCCUAUCUGGCUGCCCCUGCCCUGGAGGCCCAGCUCUGGGCUCUCCCCGCUGCCCACCUCCACCUCCCGGGCCACGAGGUUUCCAGCUCAGCCAGAAGGAGCCCAGAACCAUCGCCCUGCCGCCAUCCUCCGGACCAAGGGGAGCCUUAUGCGCCAGAGAAGAGGGCAGCCCCCCUCCACCCGGUGCUGAAGCCCAGCGUGGCCUCCCUGCCACUGAAGGAGGACUCGACAGAACUGCAUUGCUGAGACCCCCUUGCGGAGUGGUUGGGUGGGGUGGGGCCCUGGCUGGGGGGAAGGGACCAGCCCUGCAAGGACCACCCCCUGCGUCCAGUACCCACUGUGUUGGGAUGAGCACAAGGAUCCAGUUCUGGGCUUAGAGUUCAGUUUUUCCUUGGAUUGGGGUCCAAUUGGCAAUAAAGUGCACUUUGACUGUGGUCA